CCCCGACCUGCGCCCGCGCGGAGGGCAGGAGCCGCCGCCGCGCCCCGCGUAGCCCCGGCCCAGGCCCUCGGCUGCCCGGCGCCGAGCCCUCCGCCACCGGCCUGCCCUGGCCUCUCCUCCCCCAGGUGAAAGAGGAGGGAUGUCCGCUGCCGCCUCCGCUGAAAUGAUUGAAACCCCCCCGGUCCUCAACUUCGAAGAAAUCGACUACAAGGAGAUCGAGGUGGAAGAGGUUGUUGGAAGAGGAGCCUUUGGUGUGGUCUGCAAGGCAAAAUGGCGAGCUAAAGACGUAGCCAUUAAACAAAUAGAAAGUGAAUCUGAAAGAAAAGCCUUCAUUGUAGAGCUUCGACAACUGUCACGAGUAAACCAUCCCAAUAUUGUCAAGUUAUAUGGAGCCUGUCUAAACCCAGUGUGUCUUGUUAUGGAGUAUGCUGAAGGAGGUUCUCUAUACAAUGUGCUGCAUGGUGCUGAACCUCUGCCUCACUAUACUGCUGCGCAUGCCAUGAGUUGGUGUUUACAGUGUUCCCAAGGAGUGGCAUAUCUCCACAGUAUGAAACCAAAGGCUCUAAUUCACAGAGACCUGAAACCGCCAAAUUUGCUCUUGGUAGCUGGGGGGACAGUUUUAAAAAUCUGCGAUUUUGGUACAGCCUGUGAUAUUCAAACACACAUGACCAACAACAAGGGAAGUGCUGCUUGGAUGGCACCUGAAGUUUUUGAAGGUAGCAAUUACAGUGAAAAAUGUGACGUUUUCAGUUGGGGUAUUAUUCUCUGGGAGGUAAUCACCCGUAGGAAACCUUUUGAUGAGAUUGGUGGUCCAGCUUUCCGCAUUAUGUGGGCAGUUCACAAUGGUACUCGGCCACCACUGAUCAAAAACUUACCUAAACCAAUUGAGAGUUUAAUGACCCGUUGUUGGUCCAAGGAUCCCUCACAACGACCAUCCAUGGAGGAAAUUGUUAAAAUAAUGACACACUUGAUGCGGUACUUUCCAGGAGCUGAUGAACCUCUGCAGUAUCCUUGCCAGUAUUCAGAUGAAGGCCAAAGCAACUCUGCCACUAGUACAGGUUCAUUCAUGGACAUCACUUCUACAAACACAAGUAACAAGAGUGAUGCUAACGUGGAACCAAGUGACUUCCAAGGAGCUUCUACCAAUGACACUAUUAAACGUUUAGAGUCAAAAUUGGCGCAGCAAAUGAAAAACACAGCUAAGCAGCCGGGUGAUCCUGGCCGUUUGAGUUUACCCCCGUCUCGUGGGAGCAGUGUGGAGAGCUUGUCAGAUGUUCGUGCGCGACCACAGUCAGCCCUUGUUUCAGGAGAAGCCAAAAGGAUGAGUGCUGACAUGUCUGAAAUAGAAGCAAGAAUAGCUUCCAUCACAGCCUAUUCCAAGCCUAAACGAGGCCAUCGUAAAACUGCUUCAUUUGGCAACAUUCUGGAUGUCCCUGAGAUCAUCAUACCAGCAGGAAACGGACAGCAGAGACGCAGAUCCAUUCAAGAUCUUAGUGUUGCUGGAACAGAGUCCAGUCAGGAGAGUAGAAACAGCAGUAGAUCAUCUAGUCCUAGUGUGAGAAUGAUCACUACCUCGGGACCAACCUCUGAAAAGCCAACUCGUAAUCCAUGGACACCUGAUGAUGCAGUUAAAGCUUUCAUUGCUCUGACUUCUGGAAUGAAAUGCUACGUAGCUGCUCUUGGAGAUAGCAUAGUCUUUGAGGGCAACACCUUAGUUUCUCUACCACGACUACUCUGUGGCAGGUGCUUUUGGGGUAUGGAGACCAAUGGGUCAGAUAACUCCAUCCCAAUGGCAUAUCUUACAUUAGAUCAUCAGUUACAGCCUCUAGCACCAUGCCCAAACUCCAAAGAAUCUAUGGCUGUGUUUGAACAGCACUGCAAAAUGGCACAAGAAUAUAUGAAAGUUCAGACAGAAAUUGCAUUGCUGUUGCAGAGGAAACAAGAACUAAUAGCAGAACUGGACCAGGAUGAAAAAGACCAGCAAAAUACAUCCCGUCUGGUACAAGAACAUAAAAAGCUGUUAGAUGAAAACAAAAGUCUCUCAACUUACUAUCAGCAAUGCAAAAAACAAUUAGAGGUCAUCAGAAAUCAGCAACAGAAACGGCCAGGCACAUCAUGAUUUCCUGGGACCUUUCAAAUGAAAAAUAUGCACAGAAAAGACUGAUAUUUUUUUUAUUGUUAUUAUUAUCCCUUAUUAUGAGAACUCAUGAGUGUUAGCUUCUUGGUGUGAUCUGUAUUUGUCUGCUACACUUAACAUCAUUUAAUUUUCUUUUUCCUAUGGUGGACAUCCAGUUCAACAGGUUAAUCGAAUAAGGUGAGAAAACAGUGACUUGAAUUAACCAACAGCCCUCAAUUUAAAGCAAGAACAGUGGCUGUAUGCAUGCUCCUUGUGUGAAGGCUAGCCUAACAAGUGUUAAAGUGGCUGCUAAAUUGUAAGAUCUUGUCUUUAGUUUUUGGUGUUACCUCGAUAAGAGCAAAACAAAAACUUUCCUGUUUCAGAAUGGUUUUGUUCCAGUGUCUCAUCUCAAACUAUUAAUAUGAUGAUUAUUUUCAGGACUUAAACAUGCACCAAGCUGCAGAGGUGAUGUUGGCUGACCAGAGUAAUUCAUGAUGCGUUAGUGAUGCCUUUUACCUGUAGACGUAGUGUAUUUUUUCCACAUGCAAAAUGGUAGGCAAACUGAUGCCAGCAUCCUUGGUUCAGUGCUUGAUAGCCCUGCAUUUUGACUAAUAUAUUUCUUGUAAUCUUGCAUUCAUAAAAUAUUUGAAGUAAAAGGCUGUAUUUUCUUUACUUUCUUGGGGGGAAUGACAUGCAGUUUCAUUUAGUUACUGGGCAAGAGUUACGAAGGUGGUUCACUGGGCAAAGUUGGUCCCUUGUAUAAAAGAGAGAAAGAAUCAAAAAUGUGUGAAAGUGUGUUUUAGACCUUUAAAGCUUUUGUCCCUGUAGCAUCUUUGGAAGGAAAUUCAGAAAGCAAAUUAAUACAAAACUUUAAAUACUUGCUCCCUUUAUACCACUUCUUGAAUUUUUUUUUUCUUCUUACAACUUAUUUGCUGAAAAGCAUUUACCAUAAAUGUAAAUAAGUUUGUUUUAGAUAGGGAGAGAAGGGUUUGGGGAAAUGAAUUUAUUUUAAAAGGCAAAUUAUGGAAUGGAGUUGAGUAUGCAAAUAGCGGAAGCUAUUAAGAAAAUGAGGGAAAUGGCUUAGAUCUCCAUCAGGAAUCUCAGUUAUUCCACUCAUUUGAACAUAGUUCAAAGGAAGUCCAUCACAGAAUGCCUGCUGCCUUUGUGACUGAAGAAUUGCAUUUAAUGAACUCCAGUAGAAUAUGUAAUGAUCAGUGUCAUUAUUUACCAUUAUUACGUGGGAGAAAAUAACUACUUGUUUACAUUGCAGAUUGAUUAGUUGGAUUAUGAAUUAACUUUUAACUGGUACAAAAAUGAGGCACUUCUAAAUAUGAUGAGAAAUUAUUCCUUACAUAAGCUCUUGGUGUACUCAGUUGUGGGUGGGGUUUUAAUAACACUCUUUUGCAAAAGGAAAAUAGAAAAUUGAAGUUUAGCUGCUGAGCCCUCAAAAUAUAAGAGAAGUAAUCUGAGAUUUGACUUACGCUUAUUUCAAAUGAAUAAUUAUUCAUAAGAGCCCAUGAGCAGAACUUGGAAAAACAUUAAGGGUAAAAACCUCACAGUAUUUUCUCUUCCCCUUCCUGCCUACCUGAUAAAAACCAUUAAUACUAUUGUGCUUAUCUGUGAACAACAAAGACACUGAACAGUGUCAUCCUGUCUUGAAAAUAAAUCUGUUGUUGGCAAACCUUUGGGAGUUAGAAACCAUUCCCUCAUUUUAUUUAAAUAAAGGAAGGGUUAUCAUUCCCAAAACCUUAGCAGAUAAUUUGAUUAGUUAGCUGAAACUGAUAUUGGGAUCAAGUUACGGGCACACAUAUUUAUAGCAAAAUGUAAUUGGCAGAGAAAAUAACUGUAGUAUUAGGAAUAGCACAAGUUAUCCAAAGCAUUGCUGUUCACAUACAUCUGUCCAUCUACCAAAAUGGACACACGUGGUGAUCAGCAGCUUACUUAACAUAUGCUGAAGCAUGAAGUAGAGCAGCAUAAAGACUAAUGCUCAACUUCAGAUGCAUGGUUGAUAAUUACAUACACAAAAUCAUUUCCCAGGACAGUUUUUACAGUUCGCCUUGUCAUAACUUAAUGGUACAUAAUACAAAAGUCUGUUCUAACAGUUGCUUAUGACUUUUCAGGGUUUACAUUAAAAAGGGUCUCAGAUAGUAAAAUAAGUACUGUGCUACCAUGCACUGUUGAACUUGGCUCCAUACAAUAGUUAGGUUAUAUUGCUCUUGUAAUUGUCAAAGGGAAUUUGGAGUUUGAUCUUUUGCCUUCAAAUUGUCCCUUUCUUAAUUCCACCAAAAAUUUAAAAAGUAUUUGCCCAGAUUUCUCAGUGAAGUGUUCUGUGUGGCAAAAUCUGUGUAUCAUUAAAAAAACCCGAUAAGGGUAGAAUAUAGCAGUUUGGGCUAAAAAGAGUUUAACAGCUUAACUUUCAGUGACCUUUAUUAUUUUCAUAAGGCUCUUGUUUUAAAGUUGUUUACAAAUGUACUUUUAUUUUUCUGUUAAACUAUCCGGAGUGUUCAGGAAUUUUUUCAUGUACUCUUUUGUCCAGUUAAAGCUGUUCCUCUAAUAAUGGAGGUGAAACAUCUAGUUUUGUCUGGGCACUGCCUUCAGAAAAGGUAACAGGCUCUGCUUUUUGUUACAGUAUGUGUUCUGUAAGAUAUUGUGUAAUUGAAAGUAUGCUUCUGUACACUGCAGUUCUGCCAAAAAUGCCUUUUUUUUUUUUUUUUAGCUUUUGGGUUUUUUUUCUGAUGAGAAGUUGAAGAUUGUAAUUCAAAACUUGUACAUAAAAUGGUGAAUGAUUUCAUAUGAUUCAGGAAUGAGCAGUGUGGCUUUCUGCUACAGGGUUUUACUGCGUUGUCAGGAAUCUAAUUAAUAAAAGCUGAGAGAC